AUGCUGCUUACAGAAUUAAACCGAGAGUGUCUGCUUCACAUUUUCUCCUUCUUAGACAAGGAGAACAGGAAAGCUUUGUCGAGAACUUGCCAAGUGCUCUAUGAAGUCUUUCACGAUCCAGCUCUAUGGUCUCUACUGUCCUUCUGUUCUCCAUCUGAACUGAAGAGGGAUAACUUCCUGCUGAGCCCCGCGUUACGUUCGCUGUCCAUCUGCUGGCAUUCCAGUCGGGUGAAAAUCUGUAACAUUGAGGACUGGAAGAAGAGCAGUUUCCAGCGAGACAUCUGCAGCCAGCAUCAACAUCUUGUCACCAACUUCUUAACUCAAAUAACGAACAGCUGUCCAAACUUGCAGUCAGUGAUACUUUCUGGAUGUGGGCACCUCUCUGAUGGUGACAUUAUACAAAUCCUACAGAAAUGCUCCAAACUGAAUAUCCUGAAACUGGAAAACUGUGCAAGAUUGACUGAUGAAACACUGGAAGCUGUGACUGUUUAUGGGAACAGCUUAACCUGCUUCCAUGUUGACUUCUGUCGGAAUAUCACGCAGGAGGGGAUUAACCUGGUCCAGAGGAAAUGUCCUUCCCUGUCCUUCAGUGCAGAGCAGAGUGCAAAGAUGGUUCCAGAUCAGCCAAACAAAAAAACAAAUAUCAGGAGAACUUUUUUAAACCUGCUUAUAGUUGAAAUUAAAAUCAAACAAUAA